GAAACCAAGAUUAAGGUAUCCUAUCAUUCACUGUGCUGCAGCUUCCAUUGGUGCAUACCUACACUAUGAGUAACCUGGGGAGAAUCCUUUGCGCUGUACUUGGUCUAUUUCACCUCCUUAGUGCAAACCCUGUACCAUCAAGCAAACUUCAGAUAGCUAUAGAAGAAAUAAUCAGUGAGUUGGUCAAUAAUAAGAUUACACAUAAGAAAUGUUUUGUACCAACUCCCUAUGAUGACGAAGAGGAGGCAUCUGUCGAGGAAAUUUCAUGCAGAGCUUUCAAAUCCCUGAAACAUGUCUGUGCAAGUGAGAGAAAAAAUCUGAGACUGCUUAAUGCUUCCCUAAUUACAAUGUUCUCAGAAAAUGUGGAAUGCAGCAUUAACAACGAUGAACAGAAAGAUCUGAUUUCUGUCAUUGAGGAUCUUCUUACAUUUUUCCGGGCCCAAAUGCGAAAGUUAGUAAUGAACCCAAAGCACUGAAGGAGCUGAAGGUGCAGCAGGGGAAAUACAAGCACUCUACAUUACUUGAAAGAGUACACGCCUUCUCUUAUUUAUUUUAGCUAUUUAUUAUUAAGAGUAAAAAACCACUUGAAUUAUUUUUAUGCACAUUUAUGAAGAUAUUGUUUUGCUACCUCAGUCUAAGCAGAUUUUCUUCAAAACAGUAACAUCUCUUUAUAUGACAAAUCAAUGUUUUGCUUUUUUAUGUAAUUUAUUUAAUCCAUCUAAUUUAUAUUUAAGUUAUAUAUUAACUCAAAAGGCUCUAAUAAA